AUGGCGUCGCGCAUAGCAAAUGCGCUGACACUUCUGCUAGCGGCAGCCCACGUCCUUGCCGCUGAGACCGCAAACGGACCAGUUGCACUCUCGUUGUCGGCUACACAGGCGGAGGGUCGAACAAACGGCUUGUCACGACGCAAUGCCGACAUUCCUCUCACAAACCUAUCCACCGUGGCCUACCUGGUCCGUGUGGUCGUCGACACGGGCUCCGAUGAGCUCUGGGUCAACCCGAGCUGCAACAGCUCGUCCAGCGCCAGCAGUGGGCGGAGCAACGGCGUGACGGGUGUCGAUCAAAAGGAGUGCCUGGCCAGCGGCCGGUACGACCCGGGCAGCUCGAGCACCAGCAUCAACCUGAACAAGAGCGGGAAGAUCCAGUAUGCGUUGGGCAGCGUCGCGCUCGACUACUACAACGACACGGUGGCGCAGCCCGACAGCGGCGUGACGCUCAAAAGCUUGCAGUUUGGCGUGGCGCGCCAGAGCGAGGACCUGUACGAGGGAAUUCUGGGGCUGGGGUUCGCCGAGAACCACAACUACACGACGUUUGUGAGUGCGGCGGCCGAGCAGGGCGCGGCCGGCGGGCCGGGCAAAGUGUUUAGCAUCGGCCUGGCGUCGGCCAACGAGCUGAAUGCGGGCACGCUGGUGCUGGGCGGUCUGGACACGAACCGGUUUACGGGGCCGAUGAUGGGCGUGCCGAUCCUGCCGCCGCCGCCGUCGGACACCCUGGUGCGGUAUUGGGUCAAGCUGGACUCGAUUGGGCUCACCGGCAGCACGGUGAGCAGCAGCAGCGGCACGAGCAGCGGCAGCAACAAUGCGAGCAAGACCUAUCCCAACUCGGGCGCACCCAUCGUCCUCGACACAGGCUCGACGCUCUCGAUCCUGCCGUUUUCCAUCUUGGCCGCCCUCGCCAAGGAUUUGGGCGCCAGCAUGACGCAGGGCAGCCGCAACGAGUACGCGCGGCUGACGGGACGGGCGCCCGACGCGGCCGUCAACGCCGCCAUCUUCCCCGUGCCCUGCACGGCCCUUGGUCUGGGCGCCGAUGUGCACAGCAAGGAGAACCUGGCGGGUCUCAAGCGCACCGUCGACUUUUCGUUCAACAACGGCGCCGCUCUCGUCCGCGUGCCCUUGUCCGAGUUUGGCAUCCAGAUUACGACCGACAUGUGCGUCCUGGGAGGCAUUGCCAUGGAUGACGGCCUGUCGUCGUCGUCGUCGUCAGGUCCAGGCACGGGCAUCCCCCAACCCGACGCAGGCGCCACGCUGCUGCUAGGCGCCACAUUCCUGCGCGGCGCCUACGUCGUCUACGACCAGGCAGCGAACAGCGUCUUCAUGGCUCCGUACGCGCACUGCAACGCCGGCACCGCCAACUUGCAGCCGCUGGCCUCGGCGAAAGCAGGGGCGGCUGCCGGGUUUACAGGCGCGUGUUCUGUAGCAGACAGUUUGUAUGGUGGCGGUGCCGGCGGCUUUUCGGCAGCGGCGGCGGCUACUGCGCCGUCUUCAGGAGACAGCGGAGAAGACAAGAAGAACGCGGGCCGGCGGAGCAGCAGCGUGUCGACAAUAUCGCUUGUGGCGGCCGUGCUGUCGGUGCUGGCAUUUCUCUGCACGUAA